GUGGGAACAACAUUGCAUCCACCGGGCACUACAACAAUAUACCGCAGCAUCCAGUCCGGACGACCCUGGCCCCGCACCGUCAUGCGCCCAGUGCGGGACUGAGCGAGGCUGUGAGCGGGGUACCAUCGCCGCCACGGCCGCGGAGGAGGAGGAAGCUUCUCGCGACUGUUUUGGGCUCUCCAUCGAGCGGGGGGAAGAUGGCCGCUAUGAAAAUAUUAACCAGCACGGGGCUCUUCUUGGCUUUCUGCGCGCUGGGGCUGCUCGCCAUGGCGAUCUGCACCGAUUACUGGUACGAGACGGACGCGCGGAGGCACCGGGAGAGGUGCAAGAACUAUGCGAACAAGCGCAACGACCCGGGCUACAUCUACAUCUCGAACCACAACCUGCCGCUCCAGAUGCCUCCAAAGAGCCUGGAGAGGAGAGGCAGCGGCCCAGAUGCUGCUGCUGCCGGCGGCCCGGUCAUCACCAGGGGGAAGCGGCACUUUGUGGCCGCAGCGUCCGCCAUGGAGUCCCACUGCAGCCGGCAGUUCAACUCCACCAUCUCCGGACUGUGGAGGAAGUGUCACCGGGAGGGAUUCGACCUGGAGACCGAGGACCUUAUAUACAAAGGAAUAAUUCAAAGAUGUACCCCAGUCAAAUACCACUACUCCUCGUCCAUCCUACCACGAAAUUUACCUAUCAACAUCACAAAGACCAUACGACAGGAUGAGUGGCAUGCACUCCAUCUACGAAGGAUGACGGCCGGCUUCGUGGGCAUGGCUGUGUCCAUCAUUCUUUUUGGCUGGAUCAUCGGAGUGCUGGGAUGCUGCCAGCAGCAUGACCUCAUGCAAUAUGUAGCUGGGCUACUCUUUCUCAUGGGAGGAACAUGCUGCAUCAUCUCCUUGUGCACAUGUGUAGCAGGAAUCAACUUUGAGUUGUCCCGCUACCCCCGCUACAUGUAUGGCCUCCCUGAGGACAUUAGCCAUGGCUAUGGCUGGUCCAUGUUUUGUGCCUGGGGGGGCCUUGGGCUCACAUUGCUGGCCGGCUUCCUCUGCACCCUGGCCCCGUCCCUGAGCACGCCCACUCGCACAACGACCCACAAGCCAAGGCAGGAGAAUGGAACCGUCUGACAGGACUGAGGCGUUGUGAGGCAAAUGACCCACUGAACACAGAAAACCCCACACCCUACCAACUUUGAUGUACAACUCUGAAACAGUUUUUGUCUGAUCACCAUCUCACACCACCCUCAACAUCGCCAUCCCCCCUUCAGUGUUUUCAGUGUGUGCCUGAGUUGUGACAGAAGGAGCAAAGUAAAUGACAAACUUCACGCACCUAAUCUCCAAAACACGUGAGGGACCUCCAGGAACCGGAUGAGCAGCACCAACGUAUUAAUGACUGAGACACGUCUCUCACAGCCCAAUAAGACAUUUUUUGGUUCCGAUUUUUGACCUGCUGACUUUCUGGUGAUCUAAAGGUGACUGUUUUCUCUAAAGAGAAUUUGUCUUAAAAUGGUGCUCUCUUAAAUGCAUAUAGCCACAUACACUCCAACACACACACACACACACACACACACACACACACACACACACACACACAGGUACACACUAACACACACACACCAGCUUGUCCACACAUGCUCAGUUACUCCGGGUGAAUCACGAGAGAAAUCCUCCAAAAUAUAACACACACACACAAAUAUCAGGCAUCCUGUCAGCAUUCCUCUUUCAGUCGGGUGACGUGUGCUGUGUUAUUGUUCAUUAUGAAAAAAAAGAAAAAAGAAUCAGGUGUUGACCGCCCAUCGCUUAUCUGUAGUGUAUCACACUUUAAGAAUAUCAAACGUGAGCACCGGGGGUAGAACGCCUGCAGCCGCUGCAGAGACCAGGACGCAUCGAGCAGCGAGGCGUAAACACGAAAGUAAAUUUGCAUCGAAAAGAAAAAUCAUUUGACGCUUUUUUAAAGAAUCUAUAUGUACAAAUGCAUCUCUACGUAGAUCCAGAUCAUUCUUUGUGUAAAGUAGAUUUUGAAUAAGAAAUGUUUUCUGUUUGUGUAGAGGUGAGGACGUCUGGACGUAUGGAGAUGAUCGAGAGUGACAGGAGAGAAUAAUUAAUCCAUUAUGUAUUCAGUAAGAGGGUAUUUUAUAAGAAAAGGAGUGAGGAGUAGAAGAGAGCAUGAAGUCUCAGUAAACUGCUGAGCUGUGACUUGAAGCCGCUGUGCUGUUGCCGCUCUGAGAGACACAGUUGUUUGCCGUCAGCUGAAUCAAAACCUGACAAGAGCGAAACAUGAAAACCGAACUGUGGAGCACGUGUUUCAUGACUCCAUUGUUUACCCUUAAUAUCGGUCAGCUGAUUCAAGCAACUUAAGCGAUUUCAGAAGAAGGAAAAAAGCAUCCUCAGUGAUCCCGCCCAAAAACAAAAGCACAAAUUGGAUUGUCGUUUCUUAUCUUCACUGAAUCCAGAAACACAGUCACUUGGCACAGUGGUAGAAAGUGUGAUAACAUCCUGACUGAAAUCUGAAGCAACAAAACAACAGAAUCUGGGGGAUGAUUCAUGUAAUAACAAUUGUUUUGUUUGAGACGGCACAAUCAUUGAACAACAACAUGUAUCAGGACAAGCAAACAAAUUACAUUUGAUUAUAUAAGAGCACAAUAAUGUGACAGUAAACUGAAUCAUCUGAAGAUAUUUCAGUCUUCUGUACUUUUAUGAUUCAAUAAUUUGAUUUGAAAACGCAUUAAAAAAAAAAGCACAAACAAUUUAGAAAAACACACAAUACAAUGUGUACAUACUGUGAAACUAAAAAAAAAGAAAACCCAUCUAGUUUGAUUGAUCUGUGGAAACAUCUUGUGUCUCUUGAUCAGUAAAAUACAUAUUGAUUGUGUUCUAACUUGCAAAGUGGUAGAAUACACAGUAUAUUAUGUAGUAUGUGAUAGGAACAUGAGGUUAUUCCAUUUUUCUAUAACUUUUGGAAUUAAAUUGUUGGGUUGACAACGCAUCCAAAUCUGCUGUUGGAAAAAAAAAGCACAAAUAGUGAUUUAGAAAGGCUCUUGACUGCAGAGACAUGUAAUCCAAAUACACACCACAUACUCAUUUUGUGUUUUUAGUUGUGACGCGUUCACAUGAGGAAAAUGACAAAAAGAAAUAAAAAUCAGAGGUGUCCAUGGUCAAAUGUGAGUGUUGUUAAUUGGCAUUAUUGUCCAAAAUCAGAUACAUGUUUAGUGUAGACGUCCGCUGCAUUUUCAAAAACAACAAAGUCAAAAGUCAUUUGUUGGAAAAAAAUAAUGUUUUGAUUUGAAACUAAAUGAAAUUUCUUAUGAACAGAUGGACUGUUACACAUCUUAUAAUCAUCAUCAGUUUUGUGCACUGAACUUGCAAAAGUGUCUUCAUCAUAGUAUGAAGUAUGAGAUGGACCAGUGUCUGAUAAACAGAGUGUAAUUGAUGGAAAUGGAAAAACAAUUUGUCCUGGUGACGUUUCAGGAUGCGAAUCUGAUUAUUUCCCCAUUUAUCACUUAGUGGAGACGAGUGAUGUUCUAUCAGCUCCGUUAAUCAACAUUUUUAGAAAAAAUAAUGUGUUAUAAUGUGUAUUGACGACACUGUGUGAUGUUCAGUCCUCUCACCGUCACCAUGAACCUCCUCGUGAGGCCACCACUGUCCUGAAGUCAAGAGCAUUAACUGAGGCAUGAUUGAAAACUGUAUCUCCAGUGUCUUGUUGAAUCUUUGCACUUUGCUGGGUCUCACAAACGUCCAUGAACCUGACGUCUGAGCAGGUGGAGUUCAGUAUUAUCCAGUUUGUUUCCGAGGCCACACAUGGGAGCAAAAGAUGAUCGGAGCAUGUAGUAAGCACCCUGUUGUGUCUUUUACCAAGUGUUUGGGUUCAAACCAUGUUGUGUGUUUAGGGUCAGUGGGUGCAGGCUCUUAUUGUGAACAUAUUUCAGGCUCUUAUUGUGAAAAUAUUUAUGCCAGAAAUGAGGACAUGCCAUAAAUAUAAAGGAUAUUUAUAUCUAUGGUUACUACACUGACAAACGGAGUCGGUGUAUUUUCUGACAUCCAGCGACUCACAGAAUGCAACGCUGUUUGGUGUUUUGUUUUUAUAAAGUUUGAGUUCACGAACUGAUUCACAGUUACGUUACUGUGAGCAGUAAAUUGUAAUGUAUAAGUAUAUGGUGCAAGUAUAAUGUGUCGUUAGGACUGAAGCACAACUGCACACAAAUCUUACAAGUUUUCUUUGUGUUUGUGUGUGUGAGUGUGUAAGAGUGUGUGGGUGAGAGUGUAAAUCGGACUUUUCCAGUAUUAAUAUGCACAUGUGCAGGAAUUUCUCAAAAACUGUUCAGAGCAAAAAAAAAAAAAACAAAGCACAUAUUUACACCCCCCGUAUCUCAAAUUGUAAAAUUUCAAGCACAUAAAAAGGUCUGUAUUUAAAAAAUGUAAGAUUUUGUCAUGGAUUGGAUUCAGCUUCAACAGCAGCACACAAAACAAUGUACUCUAAAGAAUGAAUGAGGUCGGCGCAGUGUGACGACAUAUCGGAAAUUGUUGUAAAAUCCCUCUCAAGUUGCAACUUCUGUGUUUCCUGAGGACUUUAGGAGGUUUCUGUGUGCGAAGAGAGAUGCCCUGUGAAAACGCCACCGUUUAGAGUGGUACUUUGUUUCAGUAGCACAGCUAUUAUUUUCUACAAGUCAUUUAUACUGGUUCAAUCCACUGCAGAUGUUACGUGGGGACUAAAAAGACAUUACAGUCUUGCAUGAUCUCAUUACAGCUAGUUUCUUUCAAUAUAUUUAAAACUUGU